AAGACCAUGGUCAAACGAGUUGCAAUUAUUGGAGCUGGUGUGAGUGGCCUCACCUCCAUCAAAUCCUGCUUAGAAGAGGGGCUGGAGCCCACCUGCUUUGAAAGGAGUGGUGACAUUGGAGGGUUAUGGCAAUUUACAGAAUAUGUAGAAGAGGGCAGGGCUAGCCUUUAUAAAUCUGUGGUCACUAACAGCAGCAAAGAAAUGUCCUGUUACUCAGAUUUCCCUUUCCCAGAGGAUUUUCCAAAUUUUUUGCCACAUGACAAAUUUCUGGAAUAUCUCAAGAUGUAUGCAAACAGGUUCAACCUUCUGAAGUGCAUCCGAUUCAAGACUAUUGUCUGCAAUGUGAAAAAAAGACCAGAUUUCGCUACUUCUGGCCAGUGGGAGGUAACCACUAAGCAUGAAGGGAAGCAAGAAUCAGCUAUAUUUGAUGCUGUCAUGGUCUGCACUGGUUAUCUCACUAACCCAUUUUUGCCACUAGACUCUUUUCCAGGUAUCAAAACCUUUAAGGGUCAGUACUUCCAUAGCAGAGAGUACAAGCAUCCAGACUUGUUCAAGGAUAAGAGAGUCCUUGUGGUUGGCAUGGGCAACUCUGGAACAGACAUUGCUGUGGAGGCCAGUCAUGUGGCUAAAAAGGUUUUGCUCAGCACCACUGGAGGUGCAUGGUUGAUAAGUCGAGUUUUUGACCAUGGGUAUCCUUGGGACAUGGUGUUCACUACUCGAUUUCAAAGUGUAUUAAGAAAUUGCCUCCCAACUCCAGUUGUAAAUUGGCUAAUUGGCAAAAGGAUGAAUGGCUGGUUCGAUCAUGCAAACUAUGGUUUGGUUCCAGAAAACAGGACUUUCUUAAGAGAACUAAUAUUGAAUGAUGAGCUCCCAGGACGCAUAAUUACCGGGAAGGUAUCGAUUAAACCCAGUGUGGAGGCAGUGAAGGAAAAUUCUGUUUUGUUUAAGAAUACCCCAAAAGAAGAGCCAAUUGAUAUAAUUGUCUUUGCCACAGGAUAUACUUUUGAUUUUCCUUUCCUUGAUGAAUCUAUAGUGAAAGUUGAAAAUAAUCAGGCUUCUCUAUAUAAGUACAUAUUCCCUGUUCAUCUGGAAAAGCCAACUUUGGCUGUCAUUGGCCUCAUCAAACCUUUGGUAUCUUUAGUCUGCACAACAGAAGUACAAGCCCGAUGGGUCACGCGUGUCCUAAAGGGCAUAAAUAAGUUACCACCACCAGAGGUCAUGAGAGAAGAUGUUAACAAAUUAAAAUUAAAUAGAGCCACUGGGUUUGGCUUACACUUCAAUAUGGUUUUGCAAACAGAUACUAUCAGAUACUUAGAUGAGCUCUUGUCCUCCAUCGAUGCAAAACCCAAUAUCUUGUCUCUGUUCCUGGAGGACCCGCUCCUGGCUUUCAAGAUUUUCUUUGGCCCACUUACCUCAUACCAGUACCGUCUGACUGGCCCAGGAAAAUGGGAUGGAGCCAGGAAUGCCAUUCUAACCCAGUGGGACCGGUCAUUCAAGCCAAUGAAAACGCGAGUUGUGCAAGAGGUUCCACAUCCCUUUUUCAACCUGCUCAAAAUCUUUGGUUUUUUAGUUCUCCUUGUAGCUAUAUUUCUUACAUUCUAAUAGUUGAAGCCCUUGAUUUCUUAGAAUAAAUACACAGGAUAGCAUAGUAAUCUCCUAGAUUCUCCAUCAGAGCAGAACCUCAAUUCCUAUGUAUCUUGGGAUAACUAACUCAAGGCUUUAUUCUUCCCAUCUGGAAUCCACAUGCAUUCUAGAAACUCUAUAAGAACCCUAACUGGCUAAUAGUCUCUAGUGUGUAUUUCUCAUGACUGUGUCCUUCUCUAGUUCUAUACAGAUGAUCUCCAUAUAUCUACCUGUUAAGAAGAAAGUUUUCUGCAAACUUAAAGCACUAUACAAAUGUGAGCUAUGAUUACAGCAAUUGUAUUCAUCUUUAUUAUCUGCAAUUAAUGCCAGUGUAAUUUUUUUUUCCUAUUUUGCUUUUUUCUGAUCAGUUUUUCUGAAUUUUGAUAGUCUAUAAAAGGAGAUAUCAAUCUGAGUGCCUACUCUUCCUUCUCCUUGAGGACAUCUUGUUAAUUCAAUUUGUGUACCAUAAGCAGCCAAAGUCUUACAAAUACUAUCUGUGUAGAGAUUAUAUGCUAUGUUCUCCAUUAAAGAAUCAUAAAAGAAGCAAUGUACAUUUUCAAGUGUUCUUUUAAUCUCUUUAUUGUUGGGAAGAGGAGGAGGAGAUAUUGAGAAAGAUAUUGAUUUGGAGGAGGAGGGAAAGAAGAGAAGAGAAGGGAGGUAAUGUCUGCCCAAGACCAACAUGAAGGAUGGAAGGAUUAAGUGGCACAAGUGGCACAAGAGAAAGACUGA